UUUGUAUUGGUCAGUGCAUUUCAAGUAAUUAUUUUUACAUUAUUAAUCAUGAAUUCGCGAACACCGAACUAACAUAUUAUGUAGUUGUUAAUUAUUUACAUUAUGAGUGUAAAUGCAGCGCGCAUAAUGCAUACGGGCGUAUUGUUUGUGAGCCAGCUGACCGAUGUGGUGCGAUGUCGAUGCGCGCAAGAGUUUGCAAAUUGAAUUACUUGUUGUUACACUCUAAAACGAACAAUUCUUGACAUGCAACAUCAACGUGCUCAGACUAUGUGGCAAAAGAACUUAUUCGUCUGAAUAAUCAGUGGUUAGAUGGUCAAUAAAUACUUACUUCUACUUAUUGAAUAUCCCAUCAGUCAUAAUGGGUGUUCAUGGUCUUUGGCGUUUACUCGAUGCAACAGGAAAGCAAGUUCCAUUAGAGACACUCGAAGGAAAAAUUCUAGCUAUCGAUAUAUCCAUUUGGAUACAUCAAGUGUUACAAGGAUACCAAGACCGUUUUGGCAAUCCCAAGCCUAAUGCACAUCUUAUUGGGUUAUUCAAUAGAAUUUGCAAACUUUUAUACUACAAAAUCAAACCGGUGUUUGUGUUCGAUGGAGGUGUACCGAUGCUUAAAAAGGAUACAAUUGCCUUACGCAGGAAACAGAAAUCUAUGGCCAAGAAUAAAGCUGUACAGAUGAGGACAGAAUUAAUAAAUAACUUGAUAAAACAGUCUGCAGUAAAAACAGUUCUUAAUCCAGAGGAGCAAAACGUUCCAAAUAAUUCAUCCCAAAAGAUUUUAACUCUUCAAAAUAAAGAGACCACGGAUGAUAUGUUCAAAUUACCGGACAUGCCGAGCACGAAUCCGGCAGAAUUAAGUCUCAGCGAUGAUUACGAUUCAGAUUCGUCGUUCAUUAAUAUAAGUCCACGAAAGCAAACGAAAUGGGUUGGAAAUAUCCAUAACGUGGAUGUAGCUAGUACUGAAUUUAAAGCUUUACCAGCGGAUGUGCGUUACGAAAUUCUAACUGAUCUGAAAGAAACGAGAAAGCAAAAUUCAUGGGGUCGUUUACACGAGAUGCCUGACGAAUCAAAUCAAUUUUCUAAUUUUCAAAUGAACCGCUUAUUAAAACGCAGAUUAGUCCAACAGAGUUUGGAAUCUGCGGAAAAAGAAAUGGGAGGGAAAUCACUUACAUUGGACGAAUUAGAGAAAUUACUAACGGAGCAGGGUAUAAAUACGAAGGGCCGUGAUUGUACUUAUCGCAUUGCCGCUGAUAGUACAACUAGAUUGGUUUAUAUUAGCGAUAAAAAUGCCUAUAUUAAGAAUAUCAGUAACAACGAUGAUACGAAUAGUGAAAAUCCUACUACAAAUGAAAACAAGGCAGAAGAACCUGUAGCUGGUACUAGUAAGGGUGUACGAAUAUGUGAAGAUUUAAAUGAAUAUGAAUUCGAUGAUGAUUGGAAUAGCGAUGUUGAAAUAAUCACUCCGGAUACGGCUAGCCUCGCAGCGAAGGAAUCGAGUAGCGAAGCAGAGUUUGGGACAGAAUUGAGCGAAUCGCGACCGGUGUCUAAAAAGUAUUUUGGAAAACACACUGUAAAUCCUGCGUUAACGUACAUGUUAGAAUACAGCGGAUUAACGGAGGAUCAAAUUUUUACACUUCUUGAGCAAAAUAAGAGGGAAGAUCGUAGUAAAGCUUCAAAAAAUACUAUAGAAACAACUCAACAGAGCGAUGUUGUUAUCAAAACAGAAAAUAGUAUUAGCGAAGAUAAUAAAGGUGUCAAAGAAUCUGCAAAAGUAGAUACCACAGAAGCUGUGGACUCAUUAGCCACUUCAGAGAUCAAAUUGUCAGAAUCAAAUAAAAAAACCGAUAUUAUCGUACCGACCAUUACAAUGUCAAAUACUUUAAACGAGGCUCCAGUAGAAACAGAUGCGACAACAGUAAUUAGUUCAACAGAUUCGGAUUCGGAUUUCGUGGAAAUAGAAGAUGCACCGAUAUUUAAUUUUGACAAUAAUGUUAAGAAAAAUGUUUCAGAGCAAAGUAUUCAGAUAUCAUUUAAAUGUGACGAAAACAUUAAAGAUGACAUGUUCGCGGACGUAUUCGGAGCAACAAACAACGAAUCAAAAUCUGUAGAAUUAGAAACAAAGCCCGAGGAUGUAUCAGCAUCCAACGAACGUGUCGACAAGCUGGAAAACGAGUUGCCCAAUCGUUCAGAGAUACUUGAACAUGAAGUUAUUCUAGAGAAAACAGUCGCAGAAACAGUAGAAGAGAAAGUUAAAGAUCCAUCCGAUACGACGAAAACCGAUGAUAUCGAAGUACUAUCUGUGACAAAUAUUGCAGAUGAUAAAGAUACAUGUACACAAUUGGAGGAAACUGAUACAACAGAAAUAAACAGUGUAGAAAUGACAAAUGACUCUUAUGAAAAUAGUUUAGAAAAUAAAAAUGUAGAAGACAGCGAAAGUACGACCCCAUCGAUUAUAGAUUCUCUAAACAUGGGUCCUUUGCCAACGAACGAAGACGAAUUGAUGUCGUUACAGGCACGUCUAGAAGAUGAACAAUCUGAAUUGCUGACGGACAUGGGGAAAUUCGAAAGACAGGGUACCAGUAUUUCUACACAAAUAUCUGUCGAAGCUCAGGAACUGUUACGGUUAUUCGGAAUUCCAUACAUUGUAGCGCCUAUGGAAGCAGAAGCUCAGUGCGCGUAUUUGGAACAAAUUCAUCUGACCGAUGGUACGAUUACAGACGAUUCGGAUAUUUGGCUUUUCGGAGGGCAAUGCGUUUACAAGAACUUUUUCGCCAGUGAUAAGAAAGUUCUUCAGUAUCGUUUCUGCGAUAUACAUCAUCACUUCAAAUUGACACGCAACGAAUUGAUACGACUCGCUUUGCUAGUCGGUAGCGACUACACCGUAGGUUUAACCGGUAUCGGUCCUGUCACCGCUUUAGAAAUAUUAGCAGCUUUCCCUUCGCAAGGGGACGAUUUAUUGCACGGUUUGUCGAGCUUCUGUUCAUGGAUCAAAAGUGGCAGAGUCACCGGGCCAAGAAGAACUAGUCUACGAAACAAACUACAGAACUUACAAAUCCAGAAAGGCUUCCCGAAUCAAGCUGUCGUGCAAGCGUAUCUUGUCCCUGAGGUGGACGAAUCGAGGGAGGGCUUCACCUGGGGUAAGCCGAACACAGUAUUAUUGUCUAAUUACGCGAGGCAGAAAUUCGGCUGGACGAAACACAAAUUCGACGAGAUCAUAACACCGAUAUUGAAGAGGUUAGAAGAGAAGCAGAGUCAAAAAUUGAUAGACGCUUAUUUCAAACUGCAAACGGUUCCGAAGUCGAUCGAUGUGAAUUUGAGCAAGCGGGUGCAGAAAGCCGUGCAAGGAUUAAAUAAUCCGAGUAUGGCAGAGCAAAUCGCGAAUACGGAAAGCGUGCAGCCGAAACUUAGGAGAAAGAGACCGGCUUCAUCGACGGAGAACCGGAAGAAGAGGAAAGAUUCGACCGACAAGCGAGAGCAACAAGAUGAACAAACACUCGCAGCUGUGUCUGCCGAUUCUGAAGCUUUCAAUGUAUCCGUGACUAAAGAGAAGUGCCUCGAAAGCUAUAUACCGCAAAGGGAGAAGGAUAAGGCAGAGGCUUUAAAGAAAAGACUGAACGCGAUCGAGGUACUCAGAAAAUCGAAACAAGGAUUGUACAAGACAAAGAAAGUGAAGCGAUACGUAAGGAAAGUGAAAGAGGAAGCUAGACUUUCGGAAAGUGAUAGUGGCAGUUCGUAAUAUAAUUGUACUGUAAUACCAAAGUGAUCGUCCGAGCGUAUUAAUUUAUACAUCUCCAUCUCGUCGUUGAACAUGU